GAGUAAAAAAUAAAGAGUAAAAAAAAUUAGAAAAAGGAGUGAAAGAAAAGAGUAAAAGAGCGGCUAAUGUUUCAUUGUUUUACUAGGAUGAAAAUUUGUAAAGACCUUUCAUAUAUAAAUUCUAUUAAAAUUGAUCCCUCAACUUUAAAAGUUUAAAUCUUUUUUUUUUAUUAUCGGAUAUUUUAUCGGGUCCAGAUUUGAAAACUAUUCCAAACCCUACCCAUUUAAAAGUUGGGUUUGGGUCGAGUCCAAAUCGGAUAUGGGUAUAAAAUAUCUAGACCCAUAUCCGAAACUUUAAUGAGUAAUUUUUUUUACCCGUAUACAAUCUAUUUUUUAUCGGUUCCGGUUUGGGUCCGGAUUGGGUACGGGUUGGAUAUGGUAUAUCGGAUAUUUUGGACAGUUUUAAUGAAGCAGGUAGCAUGCUAUCUUUUCCUAAAAAAAAAAACCACAAAAUAAUAUAUAAUUUAAUGUUGUAUAAUGUAAAACAUUGAAAUAAUUUAUUAUGCUACGAAAAUUUAUUUUUUAUGUAUAUAUUUAUAGUUAGUUUACAGUACACCAAAUGCGUCCAAUAUUUUUUUUGGACAUGUUAUGUAGUCUCGUUGGCUCCUUCCUUAAACAAAGGUGGUUCAAUACGGAGCUGUUUUCUUCAUGUGAUGGAAAUGCCAAAUUUUGUAUUCUACAGAAAGAUUUCUAUAUAUUAGAAUUUUUUCCCCAGUAUUAUGUCACCACGUGUUGGCAAAGUCCCGAGUUAUUAUUCUCUCUAUUAAGACGACUUAUUCUCCCCUGCUAAUAACUUAUUCUCACAAGUACUUACGUGGAAGCUUCAGCGCCCCUCCGAAUUCAUGGGCCCACGGAACGGACGGUCCAGAUUCGUUGACCAAUCAUCAACGGACGAUUCUGAUGGACUCAUGAUCCAUUUCGUCACGAGGAAAUAUUAUAAACCAUUACUUUCACGUGUUCUUUUUCCAAACCCGAAAAUUGACUGUUCCAUGGUCUAAUUAAGCUCUCCACCCAAUUUCAAAUCCCAAUUUGACCACGUGGUUUAAAAACGAACCACAGUGUACCCAUUUAUAAAAUGUAAGCUUUGCAACUCAACAUCCCAUUCUAGGGGAAAAGGGGGAGAGUGAGAGAUUAAUUGUUAUAGAGGGAGAGAGAGAGAGAGAGAGAGAGAAAGAUGUUAAUGGAUCCCUUCUAUUCUUUCCAAGAUGAGUUACAGUUCCAUGGUGAAAUGCCACUAUGGGCCCUGUCUCCGGAAGUUGAAGCGCCGUUCAAUCUCGUCGGCGCCGGUUUGGACCCGAUUCCGGUGGAUCCACAACCUGUCAAGCGGAGCGCGUUUGAGAAGUAUGUGAGGCCCGAGUUUGGGUGGACAACCGAGUGCUCGAAUUCGAAAUCGGGUAAUGGUAGUGGUAGCGGCAGUAGCAGCAGUAGUAGUGGUAGGAACAUCCACCUGAGAGUGAUUGAGCUGCUGCGGUCGAUGCCGAGGGGUAAAGAGGAGAGUAAGGGAGUGGAGUGGAGCCGCGGGUUCCGACACAUGAUGAGGGAGAGGCAGAGGAGGGAGAAGUUGAGUCAGAGCUACGCGGACUUACACUCUAUUCUUUCGACGAGAUCAAAGGGCGAUAAGAACUCCAUCGUCCAAUCUGCUGCAUUAUACAUUCGCGAACUCAAAGGAGUGAGGAAUGAACUCCAAAGGCGCAACGAGGAGUUCAAGGCGAGGUUAGUAGGGGAUGAUGCGAACGUAGAAGGGGUAAAGGUGAAGUUCGAGGUGGCGAAUCCAUCAUCCACUAUUGACUCGAUGAUCGGAGCUCUUAGAUGCUUGAAAAAUAUGGAUGUAAAGGCCCGAGCUAUGCGGUCUAAUUUCUCUGGCCAUGUUUUGUUGACGGUCAUGAGUAUCGAAACAAAGAUGUCGGUUUCGGAGGUGGAAAAAGCAAUAGAGGGAGCUCUAGCUAAUGCAGAGACUAACAAGAACCAAUUCCCCUUCCAUGGAAGCGGGGGAUGGGCACUCAAUUCUCAUGUGGAGAACAUGACCUAAAUUUUACCCCCCCCUUUUUUUUUAGUUUCCAUGUUUACAUCAAUUUUAUUAUGUAAUUUCUUUCUUUUUUCUUUUUUUUCCUUUUGUUGGAAGCGUGAUUUUCUUAGAUACACUUGUUAUUGGAACUGAUAUUUUUGCUGAUACCAAUUA